AUGGAAGAAUUGCCAACAGGUUGGGCUGGAGAAUACAGCGGUCGAAAAAGUAUCUCCACUAUCAUCCUCGAAGCAGUCGCAUCGUACGACACAUGGAUAUGGCACGCCUUCUUUGGAAUGCCUAGGGCAUGCAACGACCUCAAAAUGCUGGCUAAGUCCUCGUUGUUUGACGAGCUUACUGCUGGUCGAGCCCCUCAAAUCCAAUUUCAAGUGAAUAACAGAAUUCACAAUUUAGGCUACUAUCUCGCUAAUGGUAUCUACCCUGGAUGGGAGACUUUCGUGAAAUCAAUUCCAAGGCCUAUACGACCCAAGGUGAAGUUUUCUCAUACUCAAGAGGGAGGAGCGGCUCGUGGGUGGGAUAGAGAAGACAUUCGAUACAUCAUGUUGACUUGUAUUAUAUUACACAACAUGAUAAUUGAGGAUGAAAGACCAGAGGACAGCAAUGAGGAAUUGGAAUCCGAUGAAGAAAAGGAUAACAAUAUAAGGCCCAGGUUGGCUACGGUUUGGGAAGGACCGACCGGUGAUGACUUUGAUCCUGUUGGUAAAGAUGGUUAUUAUUUCAAUGGAUUCAUGGAUCGAUACGAUGCCAUUAGAUGUGCAAACACUCACUCAAACCUUCAAGAAGAUCUGAUAGAGCAUUUCUGGAACAUUCAAGGCAACUUGGAGAUCUAG